GACCGCGGGCAAGCCCGAAGCGUGCCCGCGAAGUUCGGGAAGAGGAGGGGGACGAGACGCGAGACACAUCACCCCCCCUGACCCUGGCUGCACUACAGCAGGCCUUGCAGCUCAACCAGCAACAGAUUACCGACACAAUCCAGGAGAGCAUUGCUGGAAUCGGCCAACGUGUCGCCCAAGUCGAGGUCAACAUGGAUGAGCACGUUAAGCGCACCACCGGGCUCCUGGGGGCAAUGACAGACAGGCAUGUCCAUAUCGAGCAAUCAGUGAACAAGGUGGUGACGGGGCACGAAGACCUUGCCAGACGAUUGGAGUUGCUGGAAGGGAAGUUCGCUACGGCCAGUUUCUCUACAGCGAGCACCCGCACCGAUCCCGGGGGACAUGAUGCCGCCCCUCGGCCUGCCAUUGUGGCGGGUGGAUGGGACAACGACCAAAGCGCUGAGGACACCGACCGCGGGGACAUGCAUGUUUUUACCUGGAACGUUGGAGGCCUCACACCAGAUGAUGCCCUCCGGCUACUGGGGGACUUUCGAAAAGAACGAAUUCAUCCUUUCGACGAGCCCUGCGUCGCACUCCUCCAAGAGGUGAUUGUCGAUGAUGGCAAGACUGAAUAUGAGAAGGGGGACUUGCAGAUGAUCGCGGGGAAGCAGGGGAUGGUCCACGACAAACGUGACCUGGCCCGCAGCGAUCAUGAGCCCGUAUCCGUGAAGUUAGCCCAACCAGUUCCCCAGCCACAGCUGAAAGCCGCGAAGACGUGGGGGACCAGGAAGCUUCGCACCAGUGAUAAGAUCGAGCACGCCCUUCAGAACUUUGCAAUGACCUCCACGGACCCCAUCAAACUGAUCGCCGACAUCUCCGUGGCGAUCACCACGCCUGGGCGGCACCUCGAGGUCUUCCGCGAGAGCAUUGAAACUCGACGUCUCCGGAGGCACAUACUGCAGAUGCCG